AUGAAGGUGGAGAGGAAGAGCUCCUCUACAGGCGACAGACUGACAGACAUUCCUCAAAUAAGGACAUGGACGCUCUUUGGCCUCUUCUUUCCACUCCUCUUCCUCACAGGUGAUGUGUUGGGUGUAAAUGUGACCAGUCUAACACAGCUGGUGAGAGGCAAGAUGGGCGGAGAGGCCCUGCUGUCUGUCAGCUACUCCAGCAGCAGCUCAGACCAGCCUGUCAUCAAGUGGCAGCUGAAGAGAGACAGAGAAAAGCCCAUCACCGUGGUGCAGUCCGUAGGAACCAGCAUCAUAGGCAACCUGAGGCCCGAGUACCGCAACCGGGCACUGGUGUUUGAGAAUGGCUCACUGCUACUCCACAACCUGCAGCUGGCAGAUGAAGGGGCGUACGAAGUGGAGAUCUCCAUCACUGAUGAUACCUUCACCGGAGAGCACUAUAUUGAACUCAGUGUGGAUGUUCCUGUGUCCAAACCUUAUGUCCAGAUGAUGGCCUCCUCCGUCCUGGAGUACAGCGAGUAUUUUCACCUUCAUUGUUCUCAUGACAAUGGCACCAAGCCCAUCUAUAGUUGGCUAAAGGGAGGCAAGGUGUUGGCCAACGACUCACGAAUGCUGUUGUCACAUGACCAAAAGGUAUUGACCAUCUCACGGGUGCUGAUGUCAGAUGACGACAUCUACUGCUGCACGGUGGAGAACCCCAUCAGCAACAUGAAGAGCAUACCCGUCAAACUCACUGUCUACAGAAGAAGCUCGCUAUACAUCAUCCUGUCCACUGGGGGCAUAUUCCUCCUCAUCACCCUGGUGACUGUGUGUGCCUGCUGGAAACCUUCCAAAAUGAAGCAUCAGUCUGUCCCCCAAGGGCCUCCUGUCUACAUGGACCAAAGUGAAAAUGGCCAUGAUGUUGAUGUUGUACCUAAACCAACCACACUUGGUCGCAGAAGUCCCAUGCCUCUCUAUGUUCUCAAUGAAGAUGAAACUCUGGAGCGUUUGGAAGAAUGUUCAGGUAAUGCCGUCAACCAAUCAGAGACGGGGAGCUUUGCAACCUACAUCCCCUCCCAUCCUCUAUCCUCCAAGACAUCUGACAGACCCAUUUGGUCUGCCCCACGCAUUUACCACCGUAGUCCACUGCCCUCUCCUCUGGCACACCCACUUCCUCAGCGGCCCCCAUGCCCUCCCCUGCGCCCUGUCCAUUCCCCUACCCACUCUCCUGGCUCGUCUCCUCAUGUCUUCAGCCCUGUGAAAAAGUUACGUCCCACUGCAGCAAUCCCGACCAGCCAACGGCCGGGCGAAGCAGCGGAAAGUCCAGAGACAUGUGACCAGACUGACUCUCCCUCUCCAACAAUGCCCCGAGCCAAUGUUUCCCAGUAUUCCUAG